AUGUCGAAGCCUAUCAAGACCACGUCGUCGAAAAUCGACGCCGCGCCAACGCCCCACAAUACGCCCUCUAGCGUGCUGGGCAGCUCGUACCUGAAGAACGGGAACCCAGCCCGCAACAUCCCCCAGACCAUCAACGAGGAGGAGAUCAACUCGGCGCUGGCCAACAACCCACAGCUUCUGGCGUCGAUCCAGGACAAGCUGGGCGACCUCGUUGGCCAGGACAGUGGAUACGUGGCGUCGCUGCCGGGCGCCGUGCGGGACCGCAUCUACGCGUUGAAGAAGCUGCAGCGCGACCUGUUUGAGAUGGAGAAGGAGUUCCAGCUGGAGAUGUUCGCGUUGGAGGAGAAGUACCUGAAAAAGUACGCGCCUGUGCACCAGCGCCGUUUCGAGAUCGUGACGGGCAAGCAGGAACCCACGGCGCAGGAGAUUGAGGCGGGCAAAGAUGAGGGCGACCAGCUGGAUACGCUCGCGGAGGAGCCAGAGGAGGACGAGGAGGGCGCCGACAACGCGGCCGAGGACCUCAAGGGCAUUCCCUCGUUCUGGCUCACCGCCUUCGAGAACUUGCCCAUCAUGUCGCAGACAGUCACCAGCGCGGACGCAGAGGUCCUGGAGUUCCUGACCGACGUCAAGCUCGAGUACCUGACCGAGGGCAAGCCAGGGUUUAAACUGGUGUUCGAGUUCGACCCCGAAAACCCCUUCUUCAGCAACUCACAGUUGGUCAAGACCUACUACUACCAGUCUGAGCUCGGCUACUCGGGCGACUUCAUCUACGACCACGCCGAGGGCUGCAAGAUCGACUGGACCGAUAACGAGUCGAAUGUCACCAUCUCGGUGGAGAAGCGCAAGCAGCGCAACAAGACCACCAAGCAGGUGCGCACCAUCGAGAAGAUCACCCCGGUAGAGUCCUUCUUCAACUUCUUCGACCCUCCAAAGCUCCCCGCCAAGGCCAAGGACGCCUCCGGCUCAGGCGACGAGAACGAGGACGACGACGAAGACGAAGAGGACGACGAAGAGGUCGCCGAGCUCGAGAGCCGACUCGCCCUCGACUACGCAAUCGGCGAGGAGUUCAAGGACAAACUUAUCCCAAGAGCCGUCGACUGGUUCACCGGCGCGGCCAUCGAGUUCGAGUACGAUGCGGACCAACCGGACGACGAAGAAUUCGACUCAGAACUCGACGACGACGAGGAAGACGAUGACGAGGAUGAUGACGAAGACGGAGACGAUGACGGUUCCGAGAACGACUUCGCGUCCGCCGCUCCCGGCACGAAGGAACAGCCUCCUGAGUGCAAGCAGAACUGA